AUGGAACAUAAAUCUAUUCACUUUCUUGAUUUACCUGAUGAAAUACUACUUAUUAUUACAAAAAAACUAUGUCCUAUUGAUGUUCUUUAUUCAUUAUUGGGAGUCAACAAACGACUCGAUACAAUAGCAAGAUAUAUCGUUCACACGAAGUUUCUAGACUUCUCAAUUAUAUCAUCGAACUCUCAAUUUAGUCCAGUUGAUGAUGUUGUACUUGAUCGAUUCUGCGCUCAAAUAUUACCUCAAAUAUAUCAGCACUUGAAAGUACUUGUUUUUGAACAAUUAUGUAUGAAACGCAUUCUUCUAGCUUGCCAAUAUCCUAACCUUCGUAUUAUCAAUAUUAUAAAUUAUAAACCAAACAUUUUUUCUCAAUAUUUAACAGAAGAAUCACCAAUAGUUCACUUAUUUCGUAAACAAAUCGCACACAUUACUAUUACAAAUAGAAAAAAGGAAGCAUCGAAUGAAUCAUUUACAGAUGGAUGUGCACAUAUUUUUACUAUAUGUAAACAGUUAACGUUUUUUGACAUGAGUCGAUUUACUUCCAAUGGCAAUGCUCAACUGUUACUUUAUAAUCGACUUCCAAACACUUGUUUCUCUUCAAAUUUGCGAACCUUAUUUGUCAAUGUGGCAACUUUUGAUGAUUGUCUUUGUUUACUUGAUGGUCGUCUUAGUCAAUUAUCAUCAUUCACUGUCAAUAUUAGCUCUAUCAAAAGAUCAUCAACAAUUACUAACAAUAGGAAUGUAUUACCAAAUCUAACUGAAUUUUCUCUAUUCUGUUAUUCACUUACAAAUGCUUAUGAUUGUCACAUAGUACCACUUCUUCGACAACGAUUGACAUUCAUUGAUCGUAUUCAUCUUGAUGAACAAGUUCUCAAUUAUAUGUCAAAACUGAAUUCAUUUACAUUUCAUAUCUGUACAUUUAUUUCUACUUCUAAUACAGUCCAAUUUUUAUCAACUAAUGAUAUUCAAAAGACAUUUAUUGAUUGGAAAUAUUCUUUAAUAUCUUGCUGUGUUGAUUAUUUCUCAAAUGAAAUUGGUCUUUGUCAUAUUUAUUCCACACCAGUCAAAAUAACUCGUUUUAUGUAUGUUACGAAUAGUUUUCGUGGUAGUCAUUUUCAAUUUGUUACGGAUUUAAAAUUGUACGAUACGCAUUCAUUUGAACAUGAUUUCUUCGAAUGGGCUUCUCAAGCAUUUCCAUUACUCAAUAAAUUAACAAUAUUUAAUUUGAUACCACAAGAAAAUAAACGUCAAAUUUCUUCAAUUAUUAAAUAUUUACAUUUGAGAAGACUCGAUCUUAUUAAUGCACACAUUGAUUAUGCUAAUCAAUUUCUAUUUCAUACAUAUGCAUAUCUUCCUCGUCUUGUUACAUUGAUGAUACGAUAUGAGCAGCUAACAAUUGUAACAAACAACUUCACAAAUGAUCUNAUCUAG